GAAGAUUACGAUUGCGCUGACCGAACACGUCGAGCCUGUAGUACUGCAUGAAAUGGGUAGUCGGAGAGGUGCCAGUUACAGAAAAGCUUCUUGAGUACCGUGAUCUGAGCAUCGAGAAAGGCAAAGAAGGAAUGUUGGAUGCGUACCAGGAGGAAAUGUCAAUCAAUGGCAUCUUCUUGAUCGAUGGUCUAGAAAGCGUGUAUCCAAGCUCAUCGCUUGAAUAUGGUUUUGACGAGCAGACGUGGGAGCUGAUGGUGGAAGAGUGCAAUGGCCGAUAUCCUGUUGAAGAGCUAUCGGAUUCAGUUAUCAAAGCAUUAAGUCAAUUCGAAAAGGUGCAAUUUUAUAUAGAAUGUAAUCUUGUCGAGAAAAAUGCUCUAAUUGACUGAUGAUAUAUUUUAGGCUGCUCAUAAAAAUCUUAACUCCUGCAGCGCAAUCGCUGACAAAGUCGACUCAACCUUCAUCAAAGAAUCGCUUAUAAACAUGUAUGUUGCUGAUUUUAAAGGUUUCUAAUUGCAUUUAUGAGUACGUACAUAUCGUUAAUUUAUACAUAUAAUACCAGAAUAUCAGCGUAUUCUCCAGAUGCCUCCAAGAUAAUCGAUGCAAAUGAGAGCACGUUUUCAAUUGUAGCGGUCUAU